CACCCGCGACAUUUGGUCAAGAUUGAAGCCGAGGCAUCUGUUUAUAGCCCAGUGUGUGAGUAAAGAGUGGUAUUCUUUCAUAGAAUCCACCAAGCUCUCCUAUACCGGGCAACCACGCAUUCACAUCCUCUGGAACCGUUUAGUCAAGACAGAAGAAGGCACGGAGAUGUUUAAAUUCAUAUCGAAAAGCCCUGAUCUUCUCACUCAAUUCAUAUCUUUCUGUACUAAACGGCAGGUUGUUUAGGGUUUUGGGUUCAUGCAAUGGGUUGCUGCUGCUUGGGUUUGGAAAAGACAUCGUGUUGUGCAACCCACAUACAGGCUGGCAUACCAAACUUCUUGAGCUUCUAAACCUCCAACGUCAGAGCCAACAUGUGGUCGGAGGGUUGUGUUACAAUCCAUACACGUCAGAUCACAAAGUUGUGUUAUUGCUUUACCCGGGCAUUCAAUACCACAGUAGUCCGUUUGUCGUUGUUUCAAGCGUGAAAAAUAAAGGUUGGCAAAAAGUGCCCUUCCUCUAUUGCUAUUACACUUCCCGCGCGGGAGUCAGCUUUAACAAUACACUCCAUUGGCUAGUAAGUGACAAAAAAUUAGCCUUUCGUAAUGGUCAAAUGAAAUGGGACCUUCUUGCUGACUGCAAUAAGAUAGUUUAUUUCGAUCUGGUUGAUGACACAUUGAAAAUAUUGCCCUCCCCUACACGGAUCAAUCCGGAAAAAGAAGAUAGCAUAGAAGGUACGGGAAUCAUAGAGGGAUGUUUCUGCAUGGCUCGGACGGACGAACAGAGGAAACUGAUCCAUGUAUCAAUUGUGAAAGAGUAUGGAAAACAAGAGUCUUGGGUCACAUACUUUGCCAUCUCCUUAUCCGAAUUUGGACAAUGUAUGCUUUACAACCUCGAUCUUUUCUCUCAUAAUGGGAAGGUACUGAUGAAGGGUACCUAUAUUUGGAGCACAUAUGUGUAUGAUAUCAAAGAAGAGAGGCUAGAACAGACGAAGUUUGUUGUACAAGAUGGUGUUGAGUGUGAUCGCAUUGAGAGUAUUUCCUUCUAUGUUGAAAGUCUUGGCUUUCCUCGUGAAAUGGGUUGGAGGGAUGGUGAUGAGCAAAAAUGCAUGAUGGCCGAAGAAAUUGGAUCGGCGCACGAUGAGGAAACAUAGGAAUCGAGGAAUCUGGGUGAAGAUGAAACAGUGAAGAUAUUGAUCUAAGCAUACAAUGAAGAUUGCUGUGAGCGUGGGAUUGAGAUAUAUUAUCUCUGCCAUGCUUAUUCGUGCUACUGGUCAGAGUCUUCAGAUGGCUUAUGAAAAGAGCUUAAAAUUAUUAGGGCUGGCAAGAUCUUAGAAGACUCUGGUAUUCUACCUUCCGGAGACAUAGCUUCACUGGUGUACUUAUGGGACCCUUUCACCAUAGUUACGUGCCUGGGUUUCAAUACGACCCCUAUAGACAAUAUGUUUGUAAUCAUUUCCCUUUACGGAGCUUGCAAGGGUCUUGCACCAUUGGCAGCUUUUGGGUGGACCAUAGCAUCCCAUUUCUCUCUUUAUCCUUCAGUUCUAAUUCUCCCAGUGAUUCUUCUAUUGGGUUGUAGUCCAGAUGCACCCCCAAAAAAAGUUGUUCAUGCAGUUUCAUUUAGCAAAAGAUGAAGAUAUCAGCUCAAGUGAAAGGAAUACCAACCACUCAAGCUUAAGGGAUCAGAUAAAAGAAGUUGCCCUUUUUUCUUGGUGACCAGUUGUGGUUUUUGUUUCCUGGGCUUUCAUCUGGACUGCUUAUCUAUUUGUUUUGUCUGGCAUAUUUAUGAGAAAUUUCGGUGGUCUUCAAGAGAUGUUUAAAAGGACCUACGGAUUUAUUCUAACUAUGCAAGAUUUAUCUCCAAAUAUAGGUGUCUUAUGGUUAGUAUCUUAAAACUUUGAUUAUUAGUAAAUCUCAAGAAGUGUGUCAAUAAAUAAUUUUUUUCUUAAUGACCUCUUUGUGCACCUUUGAAACAGGUAUUUCUUUGCUGAAGUGUUUGAUUUCUUCAGAAACUUUUUUCUGAUAGUUUUUCAUGUGAACAUCCUCUUCAUGAUUGUGCCAUUGGCAAUACGGUUAUACCACAGGCCAUGUUUUCUGGCUUUUUUUUACACGACAAUAUGUGCUAUGCUUAAAUCUUAUCCUUCAUUAAGUUAUUUGUUGUCUGAAACUACACAGUUCUCUCCAAAUACUAGUAUCUUGCAGACUUGCACAAAUUAGAUACUUGCUUGAUAUAGGGUCUGUUUGUAACACCUAAAAUACCAGUGGAAAAAAUAGGAAUGAAAGCAUAGAGGUAAAAGCGAAGGAAAUAAAAUAUGGGGGAAAUAAAAGAAAGGUUAAAACUCAACAGUCUAUUUUGGGUACUUGUUUAUAUUAUUUAUUAUUUUUAUGUUGUAUAAAGCCUAAAAAUAUAUGCAAAAAUUGAAAAUGAUCAUAUUUAAGUUUCAUUAUUUUCACAAGUGAAAUCAAAUAUUAAAAAUGUCGUCCUUUAUGCUCCACCCGAUGUCUUUUUCCGGUUCCAAACAUAUCCAUAAGGAUACUGGUUUACUAAUUUACUUGUUAUUAAGGGUGUGUUUGGUAGGGGUCACUUGGCUGAAUUGGAAACCUCAAUCCUCUGAAAGAAAAGCGUUCAGUAACAUCCAUUUCAACCAAAUAAGCCAUAUAAGGCUACCAAAUGGAGUCUUAGUCUGCUAUAUGCUUAACUUUAGACUUAUUCUGUCUGACUUGUGAAUGGUGAUGGAUAGGUCGGAGACUCUGCUCUAUAUCUGGGUUUGCUUGCUUUGUUUGUAAAUGAAUUAUCAGAAAUGCCAUUUUCUUUCUACCUAUUCUGUGGAUAUGUGGGUGUCUCCCUUUUAAGCCCCGUAAUGCAUAACCUGUGGAUAUGGAGGAUAAGUAGUAUACUAUUAUGACUCCCUCCCUAAGGAUACGUUUGGAACUCAGAAAAGAAACUGGCUGCAAAAAACAUUAGUUCAAAAUCAGUACAUUUGUUUUUUAUGCUUGUUCAAACUCAUCCUAUUUAUUACUCCGUAUUUAUUUGUAUAUAUUUCUAUUGUAUAAAGACUAAGAUACUUAAAAAC